AGAAGGUGGAAUACUUGCUCGAAAAAUGUAAUAGAAUAAAGUAAAAAUGCAUUUUUAUGCCUAUUUAACUGUUUAUUGUGUAGUGUCUGUGUGUAAAAGUGACCUUGUACGUCAAAAAUGCCCUGUUCAAUGUGUUUGCAAUGAAGGACUUACUGAUUGUUCUGAUGGAAAUUUAAGUGUUUUGCCUGAUGGAAUUUAUUCGCAGGUUGUAAGCCUGGAUCUCUCCCGUAACAACUUCACUCAGUUUCCGUCUAAUUUCACAGAACUGGAUAGUCUGAUAAAACUGAACAUUUCUCACAACAAUCUGCAAACUAUUGAGUAUGGAGCGUUUCAAAGGCUGAGCAACAUUAAAAUCCUGGAUUUAUCGAGCAACAAGUUUAAGGAUUGGAAGGAUAUUAAAUCUUCGACUUUCGACUACAUAGAUCAACUGGAUGUGCUGGAUUUUUCCAACAAUAACCUGGGGAAUGUUAGAUUUACCAAUAUUAUAUCUUUAACAACUUUGAGAUUAAAUAACUGCAAUCUCAGAAGCAUCGAGGGAAUUUUUCAACCCAAAAAUAUCCUAAGAGAUGUUUACUUAGCUAAUAAUAACAUAAGAAGCAUCCCAGCGAACUUGGUAGCAGAAAAACUGGAAAUUCUUGACUUGACAAAUGCUGGUAUAUUUAAUAUUUCUGAGACAGCCUUUGCAGGAAUGCCGUAUUUAAAUGAACUUAUUCUAAAGCAUAAUAUUAGACUUAAAAAUAUACGAUUGCAGUCUAAUUCUUUAAUAUCUAUAGACGCGUCUGGAUGUUCUUUGGAGCACGUCCCAGAAGGUGAUUUUAGUAGAAUUGAAAUUAUAAAUUUAUCUGGAAAUAAAAUAACUAUGCUUAAAAGCAAAACAUUCGAAAGAUUAUAUACCACACAGGUAUUAACAGCAAAUUUUUCCGAAAAUUCAAUCUCCAAAAUCUAUGACGGAGCUUUUAAUAAUGCCCUAUUUUUAAACAUCGAUUUAUCAUUCAACAGGAUUGCUGAAAUACCUGAAAAUUUGUUUACAUCGCAAACUAAACUGGUGAAAUUAAAUUUAUCCCACAAUUUUAUACAAGUUGUAUCAUGGACAAUAGAUAAUUUGUUGUACUUGGACAUCAGCUACAAUGAAAUUAAGAAUAUCGACGUAGGCGAUUUCCAGAAUAUGCCCAAGCUGGAGAGCUUGAUUAUGAGAAGGAAUUUUAUAUCAAUAAUCCCCGACAACACCUACUUGCCCAAACUAAAAUACCUCGAUGUGAGCCUCUGUAAAAUAAGAAAGUUGACCAAUAAAACCUUCGCAGACAUGGACAGUCUUCGCAUCCUGGAUCUAAGGAGCAACCAGUUGUCCAGUGUUAACCCUUCGUAUUUUCCCAAAAUUUCAGACGUACAAAUAUACGGUAACCCCUGGAGGUGCGAGUGUCCAGCCCUAAAAGCAAUGUACGAACACAAAAUGCGCUACCAUGAGGACGUGCGGCUAAUAUGCGAUACACCAGAAAAACUUUCAGGAAAAACCUGGAAAGAAGCGUGUCAGAACGAGUGGUAUCCACAGGUUGCAAGGCGGGAUAAUCUAUGGGUCUAUUCAGUUGGUAUUAUCAUCACAAUGAGUAUGAUGUUGGGGAUCAUAGUCACCAUCAAAAAAAUAUCGAAAGCAAAAAGUGAGAGGUUGAGGCAGUUUGAGGAGGAAAGAUUGAAUGAGGAGAGGGAGUCAUUGAGGAGAAUGGAGCAAGCUCAAAGAAGAGCAAGAGAAGAACAAAGCAGAAACGCCCCAGACCCAAGGGCUAGCAUCGGCCCACCAUCCUACAUAGAAGCUCUAUCCUUACCAAGACUAGAUGCAUCGCAUCCCAGUUUAAAUAGUUUGUACAACAUAAGAGAGCAACGCAGUUUUCUAACUGGAAGUAACCCGGAAAUAUCCAGGAAGAAUAAAGUUAGAAGGAAACGAAGGAGAAAAUCCGACGCUUUUCAAAGUAGAAGAGCUUCGGCUGCAUCCGUGGAUACGGAUAGCUCGGAUGAUAAGGCUACAAAUAGACUGCAACUUACAAUUAACCCUUUGGAGAGUGAUUUUUAAUGUAAUCAGCAUGUUUGAUAUGUGAUGUAAGAAUUUGAAAACAGUUAGAAGAAGAUACCAAUUUUACCAUGGCCAAAUGGAAUAUGAUUAAGACAAUAUACCUACAUGCCAUCGUAGGUUGUCUGUUAAUAUGUAAUUAGUUUAAGAAUGUAUAUAUUGUUUUGUAUAAUAAAAACUAAAC